AUGACGAGCACAUCAACACUAUAUUUUGACCCUGAUCUUCAUCCAGACAACACUUUACGUGCUUUUGACGAAUUUAUCCAGAGCUUCGAGCUCCGAUAUGAUGCACAAUAUCCUGAUCCUCCUAAAACAUCUCUAGAUGCGGCUAUUGAACGAUGGAAGCUCGCAUGUAUAUUCAUUUCAUCGAAACGAUUGUUUGCUGACUGGAAAGUCGCAAAACCGGAUGAUUUCAAAAGAGCUAAGGUGACGUGGAAAUAUUUCGUGACAACAAUGCAAAAGCACUACAAACCAACAGAAAAUCUUACACUUAAUAAAAUAACCACCAGUUCCGGUCUUUGGCACAGACGCCCAUGAGUCAUUUCCGACAUUUUGCAAUUGCGUAUAUAAAGCAGCUCAACACUGCAAUUUCAAAUGCCACAAUGACGAUUGCACUGCCGAAGAUACAGCCAUACGUGACCAGAUUAUUAUUGGCACUACACAUGACAGGAUCAGAGAGGAAGCCCUCAAGAAUUCAUGGGACCUCCAACAAUUACGCAAGGAAGGAAUGCGAAUUGAAAGUGCCACCAAAGGACUGGAAGAGCUCAACAAUGAAAAUCCAGUCAACAAAAUGGGUAAAUACUCCUUUAAAAACAUGAAGAAAAAACCUGAGGCUGGAAAGCCCCGGUCAUAUUACUACUGCGGACAAGACAUCAAGACAUCCGUUAUUGCUCACCUCAAAUCCUGCAGAGCACGAACCAACAAAUGUAACUUCUGUGAUGCAAUUGGCCACUAUGAAAUUGUAUGUAGGAAGAAGAAAGCAAUCAAUGAACUGAAAAACGACAGCGAACAACAAGAACAUCAAAUCGAAGAUCAUGACCACAGCGACGUCUACAGCAUCAACAUCUUCAGAAUAACCGAAACACCUCAGCAACAACCUCCUCAUAAGAGACGCAUGAAAACCAGAGAUUUCAACGCACAAGUCAUCAUCAACAAUAGCCUUGCAAAAAUUGUUGGCUGA